AAAAAUGAAUCUCGUGGAGGGUCCGGGGUCCGAGUCGUGGUUCAGUUCAUUCUGUCUGCUCGGUCCGCGAAGGCUGCGACGCAGGCCUACGAGAAGUCGGGCAUGGCAAGCUCGUGUUUCGCCGGUUAGCACGGACACCUCGGCUUCCGGACUCCGAACCACAGCUGACACGAAUCCCUGGUGUAGACAACCGCAGGCUUGAUUCAGUUGCCCGGCGCGAAAAGCCUUCCGCGUCGUGCGGUCGGGGUGAGCACGACUGGGCGGCAUGCGACCCCCGGAACCGCCGCACCUUCGAGUGGUUGCCCUGGUUCUGCUCUGGGUGCUCCCCCUCGAGGCGUGUCCUCAACUCUGCCAGUGCCUCAACCUACAGGUGCUGUGUCAGGAGGCCGGCUACCGGACUCUCCCGCCCAUGGAGCAGAUCCCGCGCGGCGCUCACGCGCUGCUGCUCACCAGCAAUCAGAUCGAGUCCGUGACCAGCGACGCGUUCCGGGGCCUCGUGCGCGUGCGCAAGCUCAUCCUGGACAACAACCGCAUCUCGUCGCUGGCGCCCUUCGCCUUCCGAGGCCUGACCAACAUGGACGAACUGAGCCUGCAGAACAACCCGCUGGCCGUGCUCACUCCGCAGUCUUUCUCGGGUCUAGCGCGCGUUCAGCUGCUUCAGCUUGGAUUCAACCAGAUCAGCCGCGUGGAGUCGAUGGCCUUUUCGGGUUCCACAGACAUCGGUACGCUGUCCCUGGAAGGAAACCCUCUGACGGAGCUGAAGCCCAAGGCCUUCGGAGGUCUCGACAGACUCGGAUGGCUCAGGCUUCCGCGGGAGGUGACCUGCCCGCAGCCGGACGCCUUCUCGGGUCUCAAGAACGUCAGCCUGCUCGUCCUGGAGUCGAUCCGCUGCGAGCGGAUCCCGCAGUUCGCCUUUCGGGGUCUCGAGGCAGCGGGCAAGAUCCACGUCCGGGACGCCACCCUGGGACUCGUGGACUCCGGUGCCUUCGCCGGUUUGAACCACGCUCGCAGCGUCAUCUUCGAGGGCUGCCGCAUCGACGUGGUCCGGGCAGCCGCCUUCGCCGGCAUGCGCGCUGUCGUGGAACUGAGGCUCAGGAACAACAGGAUAGGCCGUCUCCUCCCUGGAGCGUUGGACGCCUUGGACGAGGCUUCCGUCGCCUACGUCGUCCUGCAGGAAAACUGGUUACCGUGCGACUGCACCCUGCGUUGGGCUCCGGACACCUUUCGCCAGACUGCCUUCUGCUCCGCGCCCGCUCGUUGGUUGAACAGUUCGGCCGCUCAAGUGCCUCUCUCUUCGCUGCCGCGCUGUGCUCCCCAGCACUGGACGCCUGUUCAGGCGGGCAACGGGGCCCAGCGACGUCCUAGCCCGGACUCUGACCAAUCCGGACUUGGGACGACUAGGGCCUUGCCCUCGCUCUUUCUGGUGGUCCUCGAUGCUCUUUUGGCAGCUUAUUGUCGCUGACGAAUUCGACGCGACGUCUGGUACAGUCUGCGGCGCGCAAAAGUUCUCUUGCGGCCUUGGGGGCGUUGCGAUACGUGCGGACGCGUGACGACUCCAUGCGGAGUGCAGGUUCGUCUGCUUCUUUUGCAGGAGCUGUUGUGGCGUCAGAACGCCGAGGUCUGAUGGCUUUGAUUGAAAGACAGUGAGUAGACCUCAAAGCAAGCUGCCUUGAGGUCUACCCACUAUCCUUCAAUCAGAGCCCAUCAGAGCUCGGCGUUUUGACGUUGCCACAACCUUAACAAAAGAAGCAGACGAACUUGCGCUCCAUGGCGGAACACUCUCGUGCUUUGUGCCUUUGAUGGUACUAUACAUGAUCGAAGCACGGAAGCAGUUUUGCUGGUAGGAAGGAGUUUAGAGGGAACCUCCCGGAAAUCUCAGAGUAUUCGGCGUUUUUUUGGUAAGGGACGUUGGUGUGUCGUGCCACACACAAAGGAGGCACCCUGGGGAAGUAGUAAUCUUUUAGAGAAACAUUAUCUGUCCCUGGAGCGCAGACGACCGCUGAAUCGAAGGACGUGGUCGAGGACAUAUUUGUGUCUCAAUGCAGUGGAAGCGAGAGAUGCGCCUAGCUUGCACUUACCAGCGCUCUCGAUGCGCGAGCGCUAUCUUGAAACCGUUCAUCGAAUGACAUGAGCGUUUAUUGCUUCGACUGCCCUGCCACGAAAAAUUGGUCUCUAAGGGCUCACGCUCAUUUCUUUGUUGUGACCCCCGAGUGUUCUUCGAAGAGCUUCGCCAUGGAGACGUUAAGCGGGCGUGGAGCUCCGGAACUCGGGAAGCCAGGACCGUGGUUCAUUCUUGCAGUAGGCACAAGGAAGCAGAGGACAGAACAGGAAGACAGAGCAGUCAACCUGGAGUAAUUGUCGCGGUAGACAACUCUGCGUUAGAGGAAAGGGAUGGGGAGUUUGACAGAGAUUUCGGAGAGUAAUCGGUAAGUUGAACAGGUUACCAGGAGAAGUUUCGACAGUGAAAGGGUUCUGCCUUUAGUUGUCUUGUGUCUGCUAAUCCCGAAGGCUCUAUGGGUUGGAGGGUGCAGUGAAUUCGUGCCACAACCAGAGGUUUAAGCCCAUGUUUUUUGUGAUGACCUUCGGUACUCUCGGCAGUGUACAGUUCUUGACGAGUUGAGCAAGUUUGGUAGAGCGUUCCGGCGCUCUACCAAUUUCGAUUUUCUUUUUCUAACCCUGUGUGCUGAGCGGGCGGACCAAACCCGGGUUCCAGUAACCAGGAUGCACCCAUUCUUACCUAGGGGUGGUACUGAGUACAACAAGUUGACUACCAGAGCAGACGGGGACAUAGCAACGGAGGCCUUUUCUUCAUUCUGUCGACGCUGGAUGCUCAACGGAUAUGCUGCAUUCUAACCGAGGGCUGCAUUAACCUGGAGCGCUCUGCCUUCGAUGUUCGUGGUGACCUUGGGUACGAGGGUCGGUUUUUAGGUUAACCCAGAGCCACUAGAACGAGCCUGGCAUGAAGUAUCGGCACUUCAUUCCCAUAUUUUCUUGUGGGCACCGCCACGUUUAAUUUUUUUUACUGCUGAGUGGGCGCAAUCGGCAAUCGUUACAAUUGGAGAAUACGACUUGCUAAGCUUUUGAAACGGCGUCGGGAAGGUCGGGCGAUGUCGUUUUGUUGUGUUGCGAACUGUUUUAACGCUUCUAGAGGACGAAAAACUGUUUCCUGCGAUUUCAGGUAAAGCUUCGGAUAACGGACAGCAAUGAUUUUAAGCACCAAGAUGGCUGAAGUUGUCGUUACUUCAAAGCGUGUCUUAUUUGGUGGCUGUAGGACAAACAGUUCGAGUACGUGCCCACUUUGAUGUCCCAAACAAGCUUUCUGUGUCAAAAAAAAAAAAAAAAAACAGACUUUUAAAAGUUUUCUUUUUUUUUUUUUAAUGUCGACAAGUGCGUUGAAGGGAGUUUCGGCACUUCAAAUAAACCGGAAAAUAAGGAGACAAAAACAUAUAA